GAUAAUGUUAGGGAUCCCUUGAUUCUCUCCGCUCAGCUUCUCUCUCUCUCCCUCCAAAACAAUCACGCAAAGACAAAGAAGAACACAAAAUUCAAAUCUCAAUCUGGAAAAUUUCUGAAACCGAUGUAUAGCUAUGGCGAAUCAAUGCGGCGCAAGUGGGAAACUGGAACGGAAGAAGACAAUGGCGAUGAACUGGGCGGGGUUAGGCGAGGUUGAAGACGACGACGACCGCUUCUUCGAGAGCUCUAACCGUAUCUCCACCGUCGUGCCUAUCGAUUUGGCAUCUUCUUCUGACGAGGAGGAAGGCGAGUUCGAUGAUUGCCGGAUCUCCUUCUCCUCCUCCGCCGCUCGUCACGCUCCCGAGCCGGUUACGUCGCCGGAUUUCGAUAUCUGGAUGUCGGCGCCGGGAUCUAUAACGGAGCGCCGUCGCAGGCUCCGCGAUGGAAUGGGGCUCGAGUCGAAGAAGAGCAUGCUCGGAUCUAUCUCGAUCCAGCGCAUCAGCAAACCUACUGCGAUUGAGAUCGUUGGAGGAAGCGUUAUGGAAGAGAAGGUUGCGGAGGAGGAGGAUCAUAAUAAUCCUCCUCCGUUGGAUCAACGAUCUCCGCAGAUGUCGGUUUUGAUCGUACGGUCCAGAUCCGAUUCCGAUAUCGAAUCGACUUCCGCUGAGAAAAUACGAAAAGAGGAAAUGUUGGGGAAAACGUCGAAAUCGCGUCUGACCAGAACCGCGUCUGCGAUUGGAGCUCCGCGUGCGAGAGUCUCGCCGCCUAACGCUCCCAAACGACGCGGCGCGAAGAAGCUCUCAACGGUAGUUUCCAAUACUCAGUUCAGCGCCUUCUUCCUGAUAAAGAAUCUGGACACGGGGAAAGAGUUCAUCGUGAAGGAGUACGGCGAGAACGGAGCGUGGAAUCGUCUCAGCGAUCUUCAAACUGGUAAGCAACUGACGAUGGAGGAGUUUGAGAAAAGCGUUGGAUUCUCAUCUAUCGUUAAGGACCUUAUGCGGCGAGAUAACGCGAACUCCGCAAUUGAUUUGAGUAAAUUAAACUCGUAUGUGUCGAAGAGCUUGAGGGAAAGCAAGAAGAGAGGUGCUGCUUUUCUAAAGAACAUAAAGGGUGUUGCUCAUUCGAUGAGCUCUAAGGCUCCUCCAGAGAAAGAGAAAGAUCCUAACGUUAGUAGUCUGAGAGUAGUGGACCAACACCAACAGCAGGAGAAGAACAACGACGAGACAAAUCAAUGGGUGAAGGUGAGGCAUUCAGGAAAGUCUCACAAAGAGCUCAGCGCUUUGCAUUUGUGCCAAGAGAUUGAAGCUCAUCAAGGAGCUAUCUGGACUAUGAAGUUUAGUCCUGACUCGCAUUUGUUGGCUAGUGGAGGGGAGGAUUGUGCUAUUCAUGUGUGGGAGGUCCAGGAAUGUGAGAUCUUGUCAACGAAUGAGAGCAGCUUGACACCCAUUCAAGAAGGUGAUGAUGCAGCAGAAGUGCCACCGGAGAAGAAGAAAAAGGGGAAAGCUCCAUCGAUUAGAAAAGGAAAUCAGAUCCCAGAUUAUGUCCAUGCGCCUGAAACUGUCUUCUCAUUAUCAGAUAAACCCAUAUGCAGUUUCACUGGCCAUUUGGAUGAUGUUCUGGACUUGUCCUGGUCUCGGUCACAGCUAUUGCUUUCAUCUUCCAAGGACAAAACCGUGCGGUUAUGGGAUAUCGAAUCUCAAAGCUGUCUAAAACUGUUUGCCCACAAUGAUUAUGUUACUUGUGUACAAUUUAAUCCACUGGAUGAAGAUUACUUCAUAAGUGGCUCACUUGAUGCCAAGAUCCGUAUAUGGAACAUAUCGAACCGUCAAGUAGUGGAGUGGACUGAUCUAAAUGAAAUGGUUACUGCUGUUUGUUACACUCCUGAUGGUCAGGCUGCAUUUGUUGGUUCACAUAAAGGGAACUGUCGGCUUUAUAGUGCAGAAGAUUGCAAGCUGGAGCAAACUAACCAUAUUGAUCUGCAAAACAAAAAGAAAGCUCAAGCUAAAAAGAUCACAGCUUUCCAGUUUUCGCCGAUUAAUCCAGCAGAAGUGCUUGUAACGUCUGCUGAUUCACGCAUUCGGGUUCUUGACGGUACUGAACUUGUUCAAAAAUUCAGAGGUUUCAAAAACACAUGUAGCCAAAUGACAGCAUCUUACACAGUAGAUGCCAAACACAUUGUCUGCGCAAGCGAAGAUUCACAGGUUUACAUGUGGAAACACGAGGAACCAAGAGUAGGACUAACCGGUAGAAAAACCAUCGCCAUGUGUACUUCUUUCGAAACCUUCCCUUGCAAAGACGUUUCCGUGGCAAUACCCUGGCAUGGCGUUGUUAAAGGAGAACCACCACCCGCACAAACCCAACCGAAGAAAAACCCAAAGAAACCCUCAGCUACUACCACACAAGAAAACGCAGCCGCAGGUAAAAAAUCUGGCCUCCCACCGUUACCUAAGAAAAACAACGACAACACGGAGAAUGUAGCGACAGAAGAACAUCAAGAAGAUGAACCCACGACACAAGUUCCCCAAAACGAAACAGAAAACAAUGCUGGAGAGUUAUUGAAGCCAGGGGAUUCGCCUUCUAUAUCGAUCUCAUCUCGGAUAUCUUCAUGGUCUUGGUUUGAUGGUAGCGGCAGUCAUGGAACGCAUUUGGCUCAACCAACGGCUUGGGGAAUGGUGAUCGUUACAGCCACGAUCGGUGGUCAAAUCCGGGCUUACCAGAACUUCGGUUUGCCACGCAGAGUCAGUCGUCAGGGCUCUUUGUUUUGACGCAGUGUACAUGCAUACUUACGUCUAUUUAUAGCUCCUAAGAAGUUCUUGUAUAGCCUAUUGAGUUUAAUAUGUAUAUUGUAUAGUCCCAUAUCAAAGAAGAAAACUUGGUAUAACAAAAUUAUUGAGUCUUAUGAAAA